AUGGUUGACUCGUUCACAGGAACAUCUACUCAACACCCCAUAAACUCGUCAACCGCAUCGAUGAUUUCGGCGCGUGAGAGUACUGCUAACGAUACGGCCUCGUCACACGAAACAGCCACCAUCUUCAACCCACCGUCCAAGGCCGGACCUCCAGACGACGAGUAUCCGUCAGGACUGAAGCUCGGGCUCGUCAUCCUCUCGCUAUGUCUCGCCGUCUUCCUCGUCGCCCUGGACCAGACCAUCAUCGCACCCGCGUUAGGUGCCAUCACCGGCGAAUAUGGCAGCGUCAAAGACAUUGGCUGGUACGGCAGUUCAUACCUGCUCACGUCGACGGCGCUGCAGCCGCUGUACGGCAAGGUGUACCGGACCUUCGACAUCAAGCUCACCUUCCUGGCCGCAGUCGCGCUCUUCGAGCUGGGUAGCCUGGUGUCAGCCGUCGCGCCGUCCUCGACUGCUUUUAUCAUUGGUCGCGCUGUAGCUGGCAUGGGCACUGCUGGCUUGUUCUGUGGAGCUAUCGUCAUCAUGUCGUAUACGCUGCCGCUGCGCCAGCGACCCAUGAUGUUCGGCAUGUUCGGUGGGAUGUGGGGGAUUGCGUCCGUGGCUGGGCCUCUGCUCGGUGGUGUAUUCACAGGCCCAGAACUGACUAGAUGUGAAGACCGCAUCUCUUGGCGAUGGUGCUUCUACAUCAACCUGCCGAUCGGUAGUGCCGCAAUGGCGGUGAUAUUCUUCUUCCUUAGCAUCUCACGAGUGAACAACCCGGACAACCAAUCCUUCGUCUCUCGAAUCCUGAAACUUGACAUGAUCGGAGCUGGGAUCCUAAUCCCGGCUAUCAUCAUGCUGCUGCUGGCUCUGCAAUGGGGCGGUGCUCAGUAUCCGUGGAACGACGCCCACAUUAUCGGGCUCUUCGUCGGUGCCGGUGUGAUGGCCGUCAUGUUCAUCGGCGUGGAACAAUGGCAACAGGACAACGGCCUGCUGCCGCCGAGGUUCUUCAAGGAUCGCAACGUGCUGUGCGCGAUGAUGUUCGCCUUCUUCUUCGGCGCCGCCUUCAUCCCCUUGGUCUACUAUCUUUCAUUAUACUUCCAAGCGAUCCACGGAGACACGGCUGUCGAAGCAGCUCUCAAGCUUCUCCCACUCCUCAUCUCCGUGGUCAUCAGCUCCAUCGCAUCCGGCGGCCUCGUCACGGCCUUUGGAUACUACAACCCCCUCAUCCUCGCCGAAAUGGCCCUAGCAGCCGUCGGCGCCGGACUAAUCACGACCUUCAACCUGACGUCACCUAUGAGCCGAUGGUUCGGCUUCCAGGUCGUCUACGGCCUGGGCACGGGCAUCGGCUUCCAGGCCGGCGUGCUCGUCGUGCAGAACGCGGUGCCGGGCGAACUGGUGCCGCAGGGCACCGCCUGCGUGCAGUUCUUCCAGUCCCUCGGCGGCGCCCUGUUCAUCGCCGUCGCCCAGACCCUCUUCCAGAACGGCCUGCUCGCGGGCGUGGCGCGCGACGCGCCGCAGCUCGACGUCGCCGUCUUCAUCAACAGCGGCCUGAGCCAGAUCCAGCAGGUCCUGGAGGCCAUGGGCCAGACGGACGCGCUGGCCGCUGUCCUGGGCGCGUACAUGUCCGGGCUGAGGAACGCGUACUACAUCACGGUGGCGGGCGCCUGUGCCGCCUUCGUGGUCGCCCUGGGCCUGCAGUGGAAGAAGAUCGAGAAGCCGGGCGCUGUGGGAAAAAAGGCGAUAACGGAUGUCGAGGAGGGGACCGGUCGCACUGCUAGUCCCGAGUUCGAUCCUGCUCUCGAGGGAGCUGGGGGGUUAGGGGCUGCCAAGGGAGAACGGAUCAGCUUGAAUGGCAUGAUCUUCAACUCGUAA